AUGCCCUGGUAUUCACGAUGCACAAAUUCAUUCUCGGAAAUGAACCUCAAACUUAAGAUUGCAAUCUUGGUGAUAGCCAUUAUCCAUGUCACCAUUGCAAUCGCGAGAAAAUCAACAGAUGGUGUGGCUCACCAUCGACUGGUCCGUCUGCACACUAUGCUAAUAACCUCAACAGCGAUGUUGGCCACCUCCUUUUACAUAUGGAAACGGGUCAACUUUGCCAUAACAAAACACAGAACUCACAAAUCCGAGAGUGAGAUUUCUCUUGCGAAUAACGUAGAGACUGAGAGUGAUUUCGCAGCAACUACCCUUCUCCCAGGUCCAAAUCCAGUAGGAAACCGGCGAUUACGACUUCUCUGCUUCCAAGACAUUGCUCAAGCCCUAAUGCUCCUCUUCCUGUUUUUGUCACACAUCGCCCUGUUUUUCUAUUAUAUUUUACUUGGUCCGGAACCCAACGUCAUCGCCAUCACCAGUCUCAGCUUCAUUGCCUGCUACGCACACAUUUUGAUCUUCUUGAUCAUUGCUGAUAUCUUCUACUAUGCUACAAAAUUGAUCCACCACAAAGUGUCGGCCAACUCUGUGCAUACAUAUCUUCAUGAAAAUCGUAGCUUCCACAUCCUUCUCGCUGUGAUUCUCGGAUUUUUGUUUAUGUUCGGUGGACUCUACACAACACAUACGGAUCCGGUUGUUAGAAAAGCUAGCAUCCCGAUGAAAAGAUUUGCGUCAAACAGUGGAAAUGUGUCAAUUGCUCUUCUCUCGGAUGUUCAUAUUGGUCCAUCGGUUGGAAGAACGAGAAUAGCAAGGAUAGUUGAAUUGACCAAUGCAUUGAACCCAGAUAUAAUUGCUAUUGCCGGAGAUCUUGCUGACGGACUUGUUCGCGACUUCCAUGGAGCAGCGGAGCCACUUUGCAAUUUGAAAGCACCGGGAGGUGUCUAUUUCGCAACAGGAAAUCACGAGUAUAUGCACGGAAACGUCACCGAAUGGUUUUGGUUCCUCGAGAAUUGUAAUAUCACCGUCCUCCACAACCAGAACAAGCAUAUCAAGGUUAAUGGACAGAAGCUAUGUGUCGCCGGUGCUGAUGAUCUCUUCGCUGUUCGCGCUCAUGUACCUGGACAUGGAAUGGAUUUGAUGAAAGCUCUCUCCACCUGUGACUCCGAUUCAACCAACAUUCUACUUGCUCAUCAACCCAAUGCAGCCAAGAUUGUACUCACUAACCCAAAACUGAGCGACAAAGUCAACCUCAUUUUGUCCGGACAUACUCAUGGUGGUCAAAUGUAUCCAUUUGUUCCAAUCGUUCAUAUUGCUAACGCUUUUGUGAGAGGACAGUACUACGACAACAAAACGGACACAUACGUCUACGUUAGUGCUGGUGUCAAUUAUUUUGGGCCACCAAUCAAAAUGUUUGGAGCCUCAUUCCAAGAUAUGCUUGCGUAUCUAGAGCAUGUUCAGAAAAACGCUUACUGGAAUAAUUUAGAUGUGAUUAAACUAUUACCAAUUAUAAAAGAAAAGGAGAUGCUGCUCAGCAGUAAGGAGGACAUGAUCAGGUUUUUUACUGGUGUUUUCUCAAAAGUAUGUGAGAAAAACGAUGAACAGGCUGAGGACUUAUACAAACUAAUGGUUGAAGUAAUGGGAAGCAAUUAUUCGCAAGAUGAUGAAAACACCAGAAACAAGGGAAAAUCAACAUGGGAGACUUGUGACUCUCGUACGGAUUCGUUAAGAGAAGCACUAACUGAAUCUUCAAGACACACUCCGAUGGAUUUACUAUCCCAAUUCGAGGCAUGUGCAACUGAACAUGUAAACCUCGCCAAGAGUAUAAGCUCUCACUUGGAUGUUGACGUUCGACAGGGAAUUGAAGAAACAAAGAAAUUGGUUGAGCAGGUUUUAGGAAUUGCAGAGAAUCUUAUCAAGAGCACUCCAUGGGUCAAAAACCGGCACCUUGUUGCAAAAUUUGAGAAGAUUACUUCAGAAUUAAGAAUGCAUGAUAACUAUGGAAAAGAUUUUCAAAAAGUGACAAAUAUCUUAGUUGCAGUUGAGAAAACGUUCUUGGAGUGUAGGUUGUCGUACAGUUUUGUCGAGGAGUCGGAUUUGUUGUGUUAUAUAAUGACAGCUAGCGAACACCGUCUUUCCCAUGGCGACGAAGUUUUUUCGUUAGAUGAUAAUGCUUUUAAUAAUCAUCCUACACUUGCUUUUGGUUUCCCAAAUUAUCAUCAUACUCAAUAUGGUAGAGAAAUGGCUUCUAAACUCGGAUACACUGGCUUUACUGUCGGUCACGAAAUUGGUCAUACAUUUUUUGACAGUUAUAAUCAACCAGAACUCUUGCCAUAUUUUUCAAAACAAGUAGAUGAUUGUGUGCAGAAUCAGUUUAAUGCAACAUGCACGGAGUAUAUGGAAGACUCGUGUGCUACUACAGAUGAUUUUUUGGAUGAAAAUGGUGCAGACAUUUUUGGUUUACAAUUGGCUUAUGAGCUUAUGAAAGAAUAUUAUGGUUUUGAUAUUGGGAAUUUCAUAGAAAGACUUAACAUGACUUACGACCAAUUGUUCUUCUAUUCCUACGCAACGGGAUUUUGUAGUGGAUCACUAUCUUCUGUAGAACUUCAAGAUGAUGGGAAAUAUGAACCGCAUUCUGCUAACAAUAUCAGAAUUAAUACAAUUGCUCAACAUCCAGCCUUCCAACAAGCGUUCAACUGUCCGGCCGACUCGAGAAUGAUGCAAUCCGCUACUAAACAAUGUCAUAUUUACGGAAAUGAAGCACCGGAAACGAGAAGAAAGUUUUUAAUUUAA